GCAGGUGUGGGAGGAGGCGGAAGAGGCCGGCUGGAACGCCCGCCACUAGGGGCCCUGAAGGCUUUGGGAAGGGCUAACCUGCCUGGCGUCCUAGGGCCAGCAAAGGAGCCCCGCGACUCCCAACUCAGCCACCGAGCCGCUGGAGUCGGCGCAACCCCCAACUCAGCCACGGAACCACCGAGCAAGGCUCGCUGUCAUUUCAGAUUCGUUGUGCGCCAAGCUCUUGCCAUUCCUAGGCAUGCAAUCCCGGAAAGCCAAGCACACAGUUACUCGGCGGCCGUUAUGACCUCCCGGUUACGUGCGUUGGGUGGAAGAAUUAAUAAUACACGGACCUCAGAAUUGCCCAAAGAGAAAACUCGAUCCGAGGUCACCUGCAGCAUACGCUUUUUAGAUGGCUUGGUACAGACCUUUAAAGUUAAUAAACAAGAUUUGGGCCAGUCGCUUCUGGAUAUGGCCUAUGGCCACCUGGGCGUGACGGAGAAGGAAUACUUCGGCUUGCAACAUGGCGAUGACCCAGUGGACUCCCCCAGAUGGCUCGAGGCAAGCAAACCCCUCAGGAAGCAGCUGAAAGGAGGUCUCCCCUGUAUCCUGCAUUUUCGAGUAAGAUAUUUUAUACCUGACCCCAACACGCUGCAGCAGGAACAAACCAGGCAUUUGUAUUUCUUACAACUGAAGAUGGAUGUUUGUGAAGGAAGGUUAACCUGCCCUCUCAACUCAGCGGUGGUUCUAGCAUCCUAUGCAGUGCAAUCUCAUAUCGGAGACUUUAAUUCUUCCAUACAUCAUCCAGGCUAUCUUGCCGACAGCCAGUUCAUACCAGAUCAAAAUGAUGACUUUCUAAGCAAGGUGGAGUCACUCCACGAACAGCACAGUGGGCUAAAGCAGUCAGAAGCCGAAUCUUGCUACAUCAACAUAGCUCGAACCCUUGACUUCUACGGAGUGGAGCUUCAUGGAGGCAGAGAUCUACACAAUUUAGAUCUAAUGAUCGGAAUUGCGUCUGCAGGCAUCGCAGUGUACCGAAAAUACAUCUGCACAAGUUUCUACCCUUGGGUGAACAUACUCAAAAUUUCUUUCAAAAGGAAAAAGUUCUUCAUACACCAGCGGCAAAAGCAGGCUGAAUCCAGGGAACAUAUCGUGGCCUUCAACAUGCUGAAUUACCGAUCCUGCAAGAACUUGUGGAAAUCCUGCGUGGAGCACCAUUCGUUCUUUCAGGCAAAAAAGUUACUACCUCAGGAAAAGAAUGUUCUGUCUCAGUACUGGACUCUAGGCUCCAGGAACCCCAAAAAGUCUGUAAAUAACCAGUAUUGCAGAAAGGUGAUUGGAGGGAUGGUGUGGAACCCAGUCAUGAGGAGAUCCUUAUCGGUGGAACGGCUGGAAACCAAGAGUUUGCCUUCCCGGUCGCCCCCCAUCACCCCCAACUGGCGAAGUCCACGGCUCCGGCAUGAAAUCCGCAAGCCCCGCCAUUCCUCCGCAGACAACCUGGCCAAUGAGAUGACCUACAUCACAGAAACGGAGGACGUGUUCUAUACCUACAAGGGAUCCCUAUCCCCCAAAGACAGCGAUUCCGAAGUUUCCCAGAACCACAGCCCACACCGGGAGAGUCUGUCUGAAAACAACCCAGCCCAAAGCUGCCUGACCCAGAAGUCAUCCAGUUCUGUGUCUCCAUGUUCAAAUGCACCAGGCUCCUGCUCCCCAGAUGGAGUUGACCAGCAGUUCUUAGAAGACUACCACAAGGUGACCAAAGGAGGCUCCAUCGAGGAUGCCAGCCAGUACUACUGUGAUAAGAAUGACGACGGCGAUGGCUACCUAGUCCUGAUCCGGAUCACACCAGAUGAAGAGGGAAGAUUUGGAUUUAAUCUUAAGGGAGGAGUGGAUCAAAAGAUGCCGCUUGUGGUCUCGAGGAUCAACCCAGAGUCCCCUGCGGAUACCUGCAUGCCGAAACUGAAUGAAGGGGAUCAGAUCGUGCUGAUCAAUGGCCGGGACAUCUCAGAGCACACUCACGACCAGGUGGUGAUGUUCAUCAAAGCAAGCCGGGAGUCCCACUCGAGAGAAUUGGCCCUGGUGAUCAGGAGGAAAGCUGUGCGCUCGCUGGCGGAGAUCAGAUCGGAAGAUGAGCUGAGUCAGCUUUUCCCAGAAGCCAUGUUUCCUGCGUGUCCCGAGGGUGGGGACAGUCUGGAGGGAUCCAUGGAGCUGUUAAAGAAAGGUCUGGAAAGCGGUACAGUGUUGAUCCAGUUUGAGCAACUCUACAGAAAGAAGCCCGGCUUAGCCGUCACAUUUGCAAAGCUGCCUCAAAAUUUGGAUAAAAACCGAUACAAAGAUGUGUUGCCUUACGACACCACCCGGGUAUUGUUGCAGGGAAAUGAAGAUUAUAUUAAUGCCAGUUAUGUGAACAUGGAGAUUCCCGCUGCUAACCUUGUGAACAAGUACAUUGCCGCUCAGGGACCGCUGCCACACACCUGUGCACAGUUUUGGCAAGUUGUCUGGGAUCAGAAGUUGUCUCUUGUUGUCAUGCUGACGACUCUCACAGAGCGAGGGCGGACCAAAUGUCACCAGUACUGGCCAGAUCCCCCUGACAUCAUGGACCACGGCAUCUUUCACAUCCAGUGCCAGGCAGAGGACUGUACCAUUGCUUACGUGUCCCGAGAAAUGCUUGUUACAAACACUGAGACCGGGGAAGAGCACACAGUAACCCAUCUCCAAUACGUCGCGUGGCCUGACCACGGCGUGCCUGACGACUCCUCAGACUUCCUGGAGUUUGUGAAGUACGUGAGGUCCCUGCGGGUAGGCGGUGAGCCUGCCCUCGUUCACUGCAGUGCGGGAAUAGGUCGAACAGGUGUAUUAGUCACUAUGGAAACAGCCAUGUGCUUAAUUGAGAGGAACCUGCCUGUUUACCCACUGGAUAUUGUCCGGAAAAUGAGAGACCAGCGCGCCAUGAUGGUGCAGACAUCAAGCCAAUACAAGUUUGUGUGUGAAGCGAUUCUUCGAGUGUAUGAAGAAGGCUUAGUCCAGACGCUGGAUCCCAGUUAGGACAACUGUGAAGUGGUCAUUCCUCCUUCCCUAGGGCGACUUCCUGAACAAGGGGACGCACAUUCCCCUGGAGGCCUCCAGAGAUGCUGGUCACUGUGGGAAAGGGAUGAGCUUCUCCGAACCCAGGCACUUUAAAUUUCUGUGGAAAAGAUAUCCUGUACAUAAGAACUGAUGUGUAGAUGUGCAUGCAGCUAUGACUCCUUUGGGCCCAGAGAUAAACAACAGGGGAUCUCCAGUUGGGAACUGUGUUUCUCCCUACAUAUCACCGUCCCCCGUCAUCCAUCCUUGAGCAGUGAGAGGGGACGCCAGCAGUGCUGUUGACACCCCUCCCACCAGAAGCCAGACAACGUGGCUACUUGUGGUUGCUCAAGUGUUUUGUGUGUUGUUCUGUGUGGGACUCCAAGGGCUGAACUUGCUUGGCAAUUGGUGUCCAUUACCCCUGACACCAGGGAAAACUCAGAUGAAUGUAACACAGGCAGGGCACAAGGGACUUCAGGCCAGAGGAUAAACAGGAUCUAUUCUGCCCGCCCUCCCUCCUUCUGCCUCAUCUCUACCCCUUCUGCCACCCAAAGCACCCCGUUUCCCCACCCCGAAUUCCUUCUCUUCAGGAUCACGCCCAGUGCCUGAACCAGUCUCAUGAUGUAUGUUCAGGUGAAUUCUCAGCCGAGACUGGGAACCAGAUUCUGCAUAAUUCUGAGUCUCAGGCUUUGGAAGCAGGCGAGCCUCUGCUCACCCCUUACUGUAUACUCGGACUCCAUGACUGGAAUCGCCGACUACUGAAUCUCUGGAUUGCUGCUACUUCAAGCUCUCACACUUGAAACAAGACAAUUCUCUUGGGGGCGGGGGGGAUGAUAGCAUCCAAAUAUUCAGAAUUUUAGACCCUUCUGAGAAAUGACCUUCUAGUAAGUGGCCAUGAGAUACACUGUUUCUCAAGAGUGGUGCGUGCGUGUGUGUGUGUCUGUCUGUCUGUCUGUCUGUCUCUGUGUCUGUCUGUCUGUGUGUGUCUGUGUAUGCCUGUAGGUGGGUGACUUUCUCAGGAUUCCUAACUUGAUUCAAAUUAUUGUUGAGUUUAUGUAAAGAAUUCACGUCUAUACAGAAGAACAAGUGUGUUCGUUCACCCUAGGUUACAAUGGUCUCCAUUUCAUUUCAGAGGAGAGAAUCAGGCUAUCUGAAUAUAAACACAAUUUGAUGUUAAUUUAUUCUAAGUACUCUGGGAUUUUGAUUGUCCUAAAGAAUUCUGCUCUGUGAAUACCAUGUUAAUUUUUUUUUUUAAUUUGUGGCAGGAUCGUAGCGAAUUAUUUAAGGAAAAUAAAUUACAUGAAUGCUUUAAGGUGG